UGUCUAUGGCCACAACCAUCUCAACUCUCCUUACUCCACCUUGAAAGUGUUUAUGUAGCGGUUCAACCAUUCUCCUUCGCACAUGUUCUGCAAAAUUUGGUAUAUUUCAGUGUAAAGAUGCACUUCAUGUUGCUGUUCAGUCGCCAGGGUAAGCUGAGGCUGCAGAAGUGGUAUGUGCCCAUAGCUGAUACUCAGAAGAAGAAGAUCUCCCGUGAAGUUAUACAAAUGGUGUUGGCUCGCAAGCCCAAGAUGUGUAGUUUCCUGGAGUGGAGGGAUCUUAAAAUCGUUUACAAAAGAUACGCAAGUUUGUAUUUUUGCUGUGCUGUGGAGGACCAGGACAAUGAGCUGAUCACCCUUGAAAUUAUCCAUCGCUAUGUGGAGCUACUAGACAAGUAUUUUGGCAGUGUUUGUGAGCUGGACAUCAUCUUUAACUUUGAGAAGGCCUACUACAUCUUGGAUGAGUUCAUCCUUGGCGGAGAGGCACAAGAGACCUCCAAGAAGAAUGUGCUCAAGGCCAUUGAACAGGCCGACAUGCUUCAAGAGGAAGCUGAAGCGCCACGCAGUGUCCUGGAGGAGAUAGGGCUGACAUAAAGCACCCCCUCCCCCGGAUCUAGUGUUGCGUGUAAUUCUCCAUUUAAAAAAACACUACCGCUAGUCUGGUUGGUUGGUGCUGUGCAUAUUUGUACAGUUCCUUUUCGGAUGUAUUUGCAGGGAACACUGACCAGACAUACACCACUGGCCCUUGGUAUGGGUAGAAGUGUUAUGUGUGUCAUUUGAAAAAAAACAAAAAACGACUGGACAACCAUCCACUGCCUUAAAAAUACUCAAUCUCAAUUUGUACAUUUUCUGAACGUGACACUUGUUUCUUUUACGGUUUCUAUUGUGUGUUUUUACGUAAUGUAGUCUCCAAAGAAAGGUGUAUUUGCCAUUCAAGGCAAACAGACUGAAGACGACUCAGUAGACAAGAUAAUUAGCAUUAGGGAUAACUGGGCCUGGGAUUAUCUGUAGCAUGACCUAAACACUGUUACGUAGAUUUUGCAAUGCGUUUUUCCAAGUGUCAUUUGAAUAGUGUGGCUUUAUGUUUACAAAUUAGAAAACAAAUAACAUUCCUUUUAGACUUGUCUUGAUCGUCUCCAUCUAUCCUCAGUAUUAACAUUACGAUAAGUAUAGUGCUUCAGUCAUUAUGUAUGUGGAUUUGAGUCCUCACUGUAUGUGUAUUAAACAUUACCAAACAAUU